AAAUUAGAAUAAUAGAGACAGCAUACAGAACCAGGAUGACUUUCAGUGUGUGGUUGUUAGUGUGUUUCUGUGGUUUAACUUUGGGCCAGAAUGUUUUACCUCAAACAGAAGUCGCUUCUGAAACCGGGUCAUGCUUUCCUGAUAUGUGUAAGUUCCUCAAAGAGUUUGGAGCCAUGAAAGAGAAACAAGAAGUCAUGGAAACGAGGCAGAAGGAGACUGAAAACCAGGUUCUAGAACUGAAGAAGAAAGAUGCAUCCAACAUAGCAUUUAGUGCUGCAAUUGGUGGCAGUGGAAGCAAUGGACACAUUGGACCCUUCAGCACAGACACAACCAUAAUCUACAGAAAACUAAUAAUCAAUGUGGGCAAUGCCUACAAUCAGCACACAGGUAUCUUCGCUGCACCAGUUCCAGGCAUAUACUACUUCACCUACUUUUAUCAUGCUGUUGGAACACAAGUUGUCAAUCUAUCCCUGAUGAAGAACAACGAGGAAGUUGUGACAACCUAUGACCACAAAACAUCACAUGAUGUGGCUGAUAAUGGAGGCAAUGCAGCUUUCCUGCAACUGCAACAAGGAGACCAAGUGUACAUGCGGAUGCAUGCGAACAGUCACGUCUGGCAGAACGAACACCUCACCACCUUCAGUGGUGUUCUUCUGCGUCAACUCUGAAAUAAACUAUAUAUGCUACGUGUUACGA